AACAUAUAUUUCGUGAAAGUCUGUAAUGCUUUAAUUCGCAUUUCGCUUGGAGGGACCCUUGAGAGCACUUUCCUUCAAGUUCCACCAAACCAAACACAAACUAUAGCAACGGCAACACACAGCAGAUCGUCAGUUACGAGAAAUAGCAGAAACAGAUCUACGCUUACACCAUCAACUACUUUUUCUACAUUAUUUGAUCUCGGUUAACGGUCGAAGUGAUAUUUUUAUGGAAGGAUUGGUGAAUUCACGUAUUAGCCCAAUUCGUCCUCAAUAUAGGCCACAACACUGUCUUUCCACUUCUACAUUUUCAUUGCAAUUGACUAAGAAUUCGAAUGGAAGUCGAAUUUCUAUUAUGAAUCAUCCUAAAUCGUUCACUUCAGUUGCUGCUUCGAUUCAACCUGUAGAAGCCUCAACAUUGAAUCGCUUCAAUAACACAAUGCCUUCCCAAGAUGCUCUUGAGCUGUGGAGAAAGGCUGAAGCGGUGUGCUUUGAUGUGGAUAGCACGGUAUGCCUAGAUGAGGGCAUUGAUGAACUUGCAGAAUUUUGUGGAGCAGGAAAGGCUGUUGCAGAAUGGACUGCAAGGGCAAUGGGUGGUUCUGUUCCUUUUGAGGAGGCAUUAGCUGCCAGACUCUCUUUGUUCAAACCUUCAUUAUCCCAAGUUCAGGAUUUUCUUCAUAAGAGGCCCCCAAAACUUUCUCCUGGCAUAGAUGAGUUGGUCAAGAAGCUGGAGGCUAAUAACAUCAAUGUUUAUCUGGUCUCUGGAGGCUUCCGUCAAAUGAUCAAUCCUGUUGCAUCAAUCCUUGGAAUUCCGCCUGAAAAUAUUUUUGCUAAUCAGCUACUUUUCAAGAGUUCCGGAGAAUUUCUCGGCUUUGAUGCCAAUGAGCCUACUUCAAGGAGUGGGGGAAAAGCUGUUGCGGUACAACAAAUAAGAAAGGCUUAUGGAUACAAGGCACUCAUCAUGAUUGGAGAUGGUGCUACUGAUCUUGAGGCUCGUCAACCAGGAGGCGCUGACAUAUUUAUUUGUUAUGCGGGUGUACAACUUCGUGAGGCUGUAGCUGCAAAAGCUGAUUGGCUGGUGUUCAACUUCAAAGAUUUGAUAAAUUGUCUUCUCUGAAAUAAUGUUAAAUAUAUACUGUAUAAUCUCAUAAUAAGGCCAUAGCGGCUCCUGCAUUAGUAGUAUUCUUUCUGUUCUCACUGGAGAUGUGUAUAAAUUCAAAUUGAAAUAUGAAUGAAGAGUGACCAACGAAUAUUCUAAUUAUCCAUUAAAUACGAAAUGAAUGCUUCUCUCAUUAACAA